AUGGCUACCAACGACCAGACCAUCUCAAUUCCCUCACCUUAUACCCAAUCAUUUCCCUACAGCGACAAACGCCAGUUUGAGUCACCCAGGGUUCAUGUCCCUCCUCCAAUCCUUGAUUACCAGGAUGGAAAGCCAUCUUUUCAUGUAACAACCGACACAUUCAAGCACACAAACGCCGAAUAUGGAAACCCCGUUUUGCUGGAUUCUAUGAGAUCCUGUCAUAGCCUCCACAUGAUCCACAGCAUGCUCUCAUGGCGAUACGAGAUGCGCAGAGCUGCUCAGCCUGUCCUCCCGUAUCUCUAUCUUGGCCCUAGCAGCGCCGCAAGAGACCAUGCAUUCCUCGAAGCCUCCGGCAUAACCCUGAUGAUUGCUGUGCGCAGUGUCAAGGCCGUGCAGGCUCGCCCUGCCUUCUUAAAUCCAGCGUCGUUUAUCCUGACCUCAGGAAUUCCCACAUUGUCUUUCGACUUUGAUUCAACUUACGACUUCGUAUCCAAAUUACGCUCCAUCAUAAAAUCAAUCAACGAACACAUUGAACAGACCUGUACAAAACUCCCAGUUGAAACUGUAAGCGACAUUGCUGGAAAAGUGCUCAUAUUCUGCGAGUCUGGGAACAACCGCUCACCAGUUUUGGUCGCUGCAUACCUUAUGAUCAUCUAUGGCGUUGACGCUUUCUCUGCAAUCCAUGUCAUACAAUCUCAACGCUUUUGUAUCACCAUGUCUGAUGACCUUAAAAAUGUACUGCUAGACCUGCAACAUAUCCUCGAGGCACAACGCACUGUAUCGGCUGCCAAAGCACAAUCCACCGACUUGUAUAGUCUCCCGAGUCAGCUCUCCCGCUCGCCCUUGUCUGCGAAACGAAACCUUGAUGACAUGGAGGCGUCAGAUGAUGAUAUGGAGUCUGACUCUUCCGAGUAUGGGCUAUCGUGCAGCAUUAGGGAGGGGGUUGCACCUUUCACAGACUCCGGUGAUUAA